AUGGAUCGAAGUUCUCCAGAAUGGGAUCUCGAUAGCGACGAGAUCGCAUCUGUCACUUCUCAAGACCUACAUGAUAAUCGACCAAAUCGCUGGACGGGACACCAGAGAACAUGGCAGCGCAUGACGGCAGAAGAGCGGCGGCUCUGGCAGUCGAUGGAGGCUGUGGAAGACCAAGAUUUGGCGGUUCAUUUGUACAACGCGUUUGCGCUGAAGAAGCGCGGCAAAGAUGCUAAGACGGCGCAGGAUGUCACGGUUACUAUGGAAAAUGGGCAACAAGGUAUAUGGGCGCCACCAAAAGUUUGGACCGCAUGGCCGAUAAAUGAAAGGCACGUGCCGCGGCAGAAGGAUACCCAGAGAGAGGAUGAUGGUUAUGACAGAUUUACAUUUCGCAAGACGGAGAAGCAGAUGCCUAGCUCUGAAUUGCAUGAUGAACUCGGAGCAACAAUACUGAGAAUAGCUGGAGAGCGUUUUCACAAAAGCAAGAGGAAAACGGUACUUGCAUCUAUUGAGGGAGAUCCGAUCUCUUUGGAUAUAGGAGGAUCAGAGAGAGAAGAUGGAAAAGUGUCAAAUAUACCAGCUCCGUCGUCUCCCUCUUCUGUUUCUGGUCAGGAAGAUAUGAAGAUGAUGCCGCUCGAUGAGGGAGGUCGAAGCCAUGGUGAGGAUGAACUCCACUCAGCACGAUCAGGUGGAAAGAAGAGGAAGACCCCAGAGACAUACGAACCAGUAAUGUCUUGCAACGACGAUUUAUCCUACGCACUCAUUAAGCCAUCUGUUCGACAUAUUCUCUCGCAGUUAGAUGCUACACUACAUAUUCUUCACAAUGCCCGCACCGCCACCACAAAUUAUGCAUCUGAUUCAUCCGCAACAUCCGACUCGGAAUCCGACACUCGUUCUGGUCCCAAACGAGGCCGUGGCCGUCCUCGCAGCACGAAGCUCACAGGAGCAACAGCCUCUCCACACACAGACGGAGCCACUACGCCUAAUGCCAGCAAACGUGGUCGUCCACGAAAAGUGCAUGUCCCUCGCGAAGGAGAGACUCACGACGAAAUGCUGGUUCGCAUCGCACGCGAAUCGCACAGGAGACUCCCAAGCACCGCAAAGGACAGAGAUGCAGCAUUCGAAGAAUGGCUCCGCCAGGGUGAUGAGAAACUGGAGCGUGAAGCGGCCCUCCUUAGAGAGGAGGAAGAGCUGGGAAUCGAUCCGCAGGCUAGUGCCCAGGAGAGACGACUUGGCAGGCUCGGCCUCCGCGACUGGAGCGAUGUCAUUGGUGCCGCUGCGCUGGCAGGCUUUUCUCACCAAGUAAUUGCAAAGGCGGCUAAGCGAUGUGCGAAUUUAUUUGGCGAGGGAAUGGUUAUGCGGCGCUUGGACGAAGUUCCUGCUUCGAGAGGACCGCCUUUUCACACAAUGGAAUAUCGCCCAGAGAAAAUUAACCUUAACAGUCCAGAUGACGAUUCUGAUUCGGAUAGCGGAGAAGAUGCUGCUACCGCUCUAUCAUCUCGCCGUACAUCUCGCCAGCCAUCACAUAGCCGCCUUUCAAACCGCCGCCUCAGCUCCUCGCCCUUCCGCGGACGCUCCUCGUCUCACUCUGUGUCAUCAGCCCCACGAAACCGCUCGCAUUCCAAAUCUCGAUCCCGGUCGCGCUCCUCGGCCGGCUUCCACUUCUGUCCGGUCCCAACCUGCGAGCGUUCGACCACGGGCUUUGCGCGGAAGCAGAACCUCCGACGGCAUAUGCAACUUGUACAUCCUGGGCGCGGAGAUGAAGAAGAGGACUGGGAUAGCGAGGAUGAGGUAUUUGGGGCGGUGCAUGUGGAUGGGUUCCUGAAGCCGAUUCUGGCUGCUCGCGGAUGGAGGGAGAACGUAGCAGCGAGUUCGUUGGUUAUUAGGAAAAGGGGGCGAGAGCGGCGAACGGGAGAGGAUGAAGAUGAAGAACUAUGA